AGUAUUUGAUUCUGGGGAGAAUUCCUGGGAAAGCUUUGGAUUGAAAUAGAAACGUAAAGGUCAGAUUAAGAUUUAAAAGGAAAACAUAGCAAUCGUGCACAACAAAUUUGUACAAACACCAUUUAAGGAGGAUCCUUUCAUUUAACUAAAGACACUGUUGCACAUGGAUGAAUACAGUGGUAAAAGAGUUGGAGGUGGUUUUGGUGUUCCUAGGAGGGGGUCUGGCCUUGCUUUCAGAGAUUCAUCAAUUCAAGAGGAGGAUCGAAGCAUUAAAUACUGUAAUCGAAUAGGUUGUAGCACCAGACUUAACUCAUCAAAGGGUGGUCAGAGUAGUAGUUCAGACAGAGCCAAAUAUUCAAAGCCUCCUUUCCGUCCAGCAAGUGGCAAGGCAAUAUCUGGAAAUUCUUCCAAGACAUACUCUACUGUGAGUGAUGCUAGAAAGUCUCAACGAGACGCCCAUAAAUUGUCUUCUAACAAGGAAGCAGUUCCCUCUGAAACUAUUUGUAAGCAGGGAGAGAGAGACAUUUCUGAAUCCAUAUCUUCAACCAAUGCCAUUCAAACAGCACUUGAACCUGGAGAUGCUGAAUCUGGAGUUCUCCAGGGCCUUACUGUGGAUACAUCCGAAGAUGUGGGGAGAUGCAAUAUACCAUCAAAUACAAGAUCUCAAAAUAAAACCCGUCAACAGUCUGGAUCAAGCAGUCAGGAUAUGUGGGAUCCGUCUGUCCGGCAUUCUAUUGCUUCUAAAAACGCCAGUCAGGUUGCAAAACCUGCUUCCCAUGGUCAAGCUGCUAAUGUAAGCCGGUAUGGUCUGAGAAAUCUAGGGUGCACAUCUAUAUCUGAUGUUCUUCCUUCAGGUUGUUCAUCUUCGGACUCAAGUCGCAGGAGGAAUGAUGUGAAAAGGAGAAAUAUGGGUGGAGAGAGCUCUACUUCUAGAGCAAAGCCCACAAGUGUGUCAUCGAUAGGAGGAAGUUCAAGCACUCGAAGGAAUCUCAUAUCCAAUCCUAGCAUCUCACUUUCUGAACAUUCUUCAUCCCAACAGCCUUCAAGGAGGACCAGAAAUUGGCUCCCAAAUAGGGAUGGUGUUACAUCAGUUAGAACACGGAGGACGAUCACGGGUGAGGCAAGAGCAAGGGCCUCUGAACAUGACAAUGGCAAUGAUUUGACACUGCCUGAGGUACCAAUUCCUCAGGCAGAAAAUCCAGUCAAUGAGCUGGCUCCAAGUUCUUCACUGCAAUUUCCUGCAGAACUUCCCUCUAUUUUUGACAACUCUAAUGGUCGACCUGGCAGUAGUGGUCAGAAUGUACGUAGUAGGCAGAUUGCUCAUACAGAAGGUGGAAUUGCCCGCCCUUUCCAUGGUCUCUCUAUUGACAGAGAUGCUUUCCAAAGAUUUAACAUGGAUGGGAUUGCUGAGGUAUUGAUGGCACUUGAGAGGAUUGAGCAAGAUGAAGAAUUAACAUAUGAGCAAUUAUUGAUUCUGGAGACAAACUUGUUUAUGGGGGGUCUUGGCUUUCAUGAUCAGCACAGGGAAAUGAGAUUGGAUAUUGAUAACAUGUCAUAUGAGGAACUAUUGGCUCUAGAAGAGAAGAUGGGUUCUGUUAGCACAGCCCUUACGGAAGAAGCAUUAUCGAAAUGCCUUAAGAGAAGCUUCUAUAUUCCUGCAUCUCUAGACACAGUGAGUGUGGAUUGUGGAGAUGAUGACGUCAAAUGCAGUAUUUGUCAGGAAGAGUAUGUUGAAGGAGAUGAGGUUGGUAAGCUAGGAUGUGAGCAUUGGUAUCAUGUGGUCUGUAUCCACCAGUGGUUGCGGCAAAAGAAUUGGUGCCCGGUCUGCAAGGUUGAGGCAGCUCCUCCUUAAACACCCCUCAAAAGUAACCAAUAACCAGUCAUAAGGCUGAUGUCUUUUGUAAAAUCCCUUUCACACCCUUGGUCUCCUUAUAUCAAACACUUGAUCUUCCUGUACAUACCAUAUUCCCAUCCAUCGUAACCAAAUAAGCCGCUACCUUGAGAACUCCGUAUCCCUUGGUCAUAUGCUCAUAGUGGGAAAAUCAUUUACAUUCUAAAACAUUCAAGGAAAUGUUCAUAAA